GUCAGGGCGCCAUGACUGCCACAGGAAGAGGGCCGCGGCCCCCGCUGCUGCUGCUGCUGCUGCUGCUAGCGGGCUGUGCGCUGGUCACCGCUGCCCCCAAGGAGCAGCGCGUGCGGCGCGGGCUGGACCUGCGCGACCCGGCGCACGGCAACGCCAAGGACUUCCGCCUGCCCGACGGCGCGCGGCCGCUCGCCUACCGGCUGCACCUGCGCGCCGACCCGCAGCCCGGCCGCUUCUCGGGCCGCGUCGCCAUCAACGUGACGUGCGACGCGCCGACGCGCGCCAUAACCCUGCACGUGCACGAGUCGCUGCAGGUCGCGCAUCACCAAGUGCGCCUCGCGCCCGCCUCUGCCAACUACAGCGGACCUACCAUCUCCGUGUCGAGCACGAACAAAGAGUUGGGCAGGCAGUGGUACGUGGUGACACUUAGCUCUGAGCUGGUGCCUGGACACGUGUACCAGCUGGAGCUGCCCUUCUCUGGAAGGCUAGUGCGCGACCGCUCUGCCGGCUUCUUCGUCAACAGCUACGAGGCGCACCGCUCACAUGAGCCCAGGUACUUCGCGGCGACGCAGAUGCGGCCCAACAUGGCGCGCAGCAUCUUCCCGUGCUUCGACGGCCCCAUGUACAAGGCCACGUUCGACGUCAGCAUCGAGCGACCCCGCGGCCUACGCGCCCUUUCCAACAUGCCCCUGCGCCACACGGCUGUCGUGGCUGACGAUCCAGCGUGGGAAGUGGACCACUUCGAGACGACGCCGCCCAUGUCCACGUUCUCGCUGGCGGCGGUAGUCUGUGACCUCGGCAUAGUGACGCCCAAGAAGGAUUCCGACGAACAAGAUCCGAAGCCGGCGGUGAGCGUGUACGGGCGGUCGCACCUGCUGUCGCAGCUGGAGAAGGCGGCGGACCGCGUGCCGGCCAUCGUGCGCUGGCUGGAGGCCUACUUCGGCGUCCCCUACCCUCUGGCGCAGCUCCAGCUGGUCGCACUGCCGCACUAUUCUUCCACCACGCCGGCCGACAUGUUCGGCGUUGUCAUCUUCAGGGAGCAGGACCUGGUGAGCGAGUCGACGCUGACGACCAUCCUGGCGACGGAGCUGGCGUACCAGUGGCUGGGCCACUACAGCACGCCAUUCCCGCGCGCCAACGACGUCCACAUCACCAAGGCGCUCGUCAAGUUCGUCGUCAGCGCCCUGAAGCAGGAUCCAAACCUGGAGCCCUCACAGGCGGCGUCUAGGGUUAUCCCUCCUAUGGGCUACAGUCUCUACUAUGAAUACAGCAAACGCCACCCUUAUUCUCUCAUUGGCUCAAUGAAGGAAGAGAUCCGCGUUGCUAAAACGCAGUGGAUCUUCCGCAUGCUGAACUACACUCUCACCGAACGAGUUUUCGUGCACAGCAUCCGAAAAUUCAUUCAAGCCAGCGAGUACAAGAUGUUCACGGAGGACGACCUGCUCAACGUGAUGACCGAGGUGGCCUGGCGAGAGGGCACUCUGCUGGAGCCCAUCCUGGUCGCCUACAUCGUCGACUCGUGGUUCAAGCCCGACCGCUUCCCCGUCGUCACCGUGACUCGCAACUACGACGAGCACACCGCAGACAUCGAACAGCAUAUGUUCUUACGGGAGAGGCCCCACGAUGCACCAAACAAGGAUAAGCAGCUGUGGUGGGUGCCCAUCAUGUUGAUGUCCCGAGACGACAUGGACGUCUCUACACUGACCACGACAACCUGGAUGCAGGAGCAGCGGGAGAUCAGCAUUGCAGAUAUGCCCACUGAAGACGCCUUCGUCGUCGUAAACCCAGAGGAAAUCGGCAUGUUCAUGGUGAACUACGACGCGGCCAACUGGCGCCUGCUGGCGGAGUACCUGGAGGCGAGCGCGGCGAAGGACUCGGGGCUGCGGCCGCUGCCGGCGCUGACGCGCGCCAAGCUGGUGCACGACGCGUGGAACCUGCUGCUGGCGGGCGAGCUGGCGCCCGCGCCCGCGCUCGCCGUCAUGCGCUUCCUCGCCGUCGGCGCCGAGCGCGACCCUCGCGUCUGGGAGGCCUUCUUCAACGCCGCCGACCACCUCGGCCGGCGCCUCUCCGGCACCUACGUCGACGACAAAUUCAAGCUGUUCGUGCGGCGCCUGGUGACCCCGCUGUACGAGUCUGAGCCGGACUCGAAGCUGGGCCGUCUGGCCAAGCACGCGCUGUGCGCCGCUGGCUACCCGCCCUGCAUCGAGGAGUCGCUGGCCGCCUUCUCCGCCUGGACACGCAUGGAGGACCCCGACGAGGGAAACCCCGUCGCUGAGUCGUACAUGAGCUUCGUGUUCAUGUGGGGCCCCCUGAAGCUGUGGGAGUUCGGCCUGGAGCGGUGGCUGCGGUUCCCGGCGUCCCGCCGGCAGAGCGAGCGCACCUUCUUGCUGAAGGAGCUGGCCGGAGGACCCACCACCCAGGACAAGAUGCUCAGGCUGCUGAACGUGAGCCUGCUGGAGGACACGGGCAACUUCACCGAGUCAGACAUCCGGCUGCUGCUGCUACACAUGGGCAGCAGCCAGCGGGGCAGCGAGGCGCUGCUACACUUCCUCUCGGACAACUGGGACGCCGUCAAGAAGCGAUGUGAAGGAAAUCCAGCUUUGUGGGAAUACCUUAUUUCAGCUACUGUUGACGGCUUCAAAACACAAGAAGGUCUUGACAUGGUGUCGCAGCUGUACGUGUCGCGCGUGGGUCAGUUCGGGCCGGCGGAGAUGCUGCUGGAAGACGCUCUGCGGACCAUCCGCGAGGAGGCGGAGUGGAGCACCGACAACCUGCCGCGCAUCGCCGCCUGGCUGGACGGCUACCUGGGGCUCACCAGCGCCGCCCCCACCACCGCGGCCGCCUCCACCUCGGCCAGCUUCGCAUCCACCCCAGCCUCUGACGUCGGCUACGCCCUGUGAGGCGCCACUUGCCACAGUGAAUUGUAUCACUAAGCGACUGUACCUUGCACAUUCAAUUUUUUUAAAGAAGUUUUGAUCGUAAUUCUUGGAAUUUACAUUACAAUGUAAGUUUAAAUCGUUUCAUAAAUAAAGCAUUCGUUGACUCAUA